GACUUCUCUUUGGAACUGAGGCCUGGGCAGAUGACGGCUUUGGUGGGGUGUUCAGGGGGAGGCAAGACCACCUGUGUGGGGCUACUGGAGCGGUUCUACCAGGCCCAGGAGGGAGAGAUACUGCUGGACGGACAACCACUACAGGAUUAUCAACACAAAUACCUGCACAGGAAGGUGGCCAUGGUGGGACAGGAGCCUGUUCUCUUCUCUGGUUCAGUGAGAGACAACAUCACCUACGGGCUGGGGGAGUGCUCCAUGAAACAAGUUAAGGAGGCCGCCCGCAAAGCCAACGCUCACGAGUUCAUCUCAAAGCUGGAGAAAGGCUACGACACAGAUGUGGGUGAGAGGGGAGGCCUGCUGUCGGGCGGUCAGAAGCAGCGUAUAGCCAUCGCCCGGGCGCUGAUCAGAGAGCCGCAGGUGCUCAUACUGGAUGAGGUCACCAGCUGCCUGGACACGGAGAGCGAACAAAUG